AGAAGAGAGAUGGAAGUGUCCUCCAUGCUUCCCUCUAAGGGGUGUACCCCUUGGCAGGGGCUACUGGUCACAGCCUCUCUUUUAACCUGUUGGCACCUACCCACCACUGUCCAAGUCAUUAUUGAAUUAGUGCCACCUGAUGUGGUUGAAGGAGAAAAUGUCCUUCUCCUUGUCCGCAAUUUGCCAGAGAAUCUUGAAGCCUUUGCUUGGUACAAAGGGGUGACAAAUAUGAACCUCGGAAUUGUACUUUAUUCACUGACCACUAAUUUAAGAGUGGCAGGGCCUGAAUACAGUGGUAGAGAGACAGUGUACAGAAAUGGAUCCCUGCGUCUCCAAGAUGUCACCCAGAAGGACACAGGAUUCUAUACCCUACGAUCCAUAAGCAGACAUAAAGAAAUCAUAUCAACAACAUCCAUAUACCUCCACGUGUACUCUUUCCUUUGGAGCUGUGGGCCCCUUUCCACAUCUGCCCAACCCACUAUUGAAUCUGUGCCCCCCAUCAUUGCUGAGGGGGGAAGUGUUCUUCUACUUGUUCACAAUCUCCCAGAAAAUCUUCGAUCCCUUUUCUGGUAUAAGGGGAUGAUUGUGUCCAACAACUUUGAGGUGGCAAGACACAUAAUAACCAUGAAUUCAAGCGUGCUGGGCCCUGCGCACAAUGGUGGAGAGACAGUGUACAGCAAUGGAUCCCUGCUGCUCCACAAUGUCACCUGGAAGGACACUGGAUUAUACACUCUACGGACUCUAAGUACAGAUAUGAAAACAGAAUUAGCACAUGUGCAACUCCAGAUGGACACCUCCCUUUCUCCGUGCUGUAACCCUCUCAACUCUUCCCAACUCAUGAUCCAACCCAUACCUCAGUAUGCUGCUGAAGGGGAAAGUGUUCUUCUCCAAGUACAUAAUCUUCCAGAAGAUCUGCAUGCCUUUUCCUGGUACAAAUCAAUGCAUAGUGCCCUGGUUCUUAAAAUUGUAGAAUACAACAGAGCCAUGAAUUCCACCACCUGGGGGAGUGCAUACAGCAGAAGAGAGAUGGUGUACACCAAUGGGUCCCUGAUGCUCCAGGAUGUCACUGAGAAAGAUGCAGGAAUGUACACACUAGAAAUUUUAAAUAGAGAUUUCGAAAUCGAGAAAGCAGAUGUGCAACUCCAUGUGAACAAGCCUGUGAAACAGCCCUUCAUUCAAGUCACCAACACCAUACUUACAUUACAUAGCUCUGUGGUCCUCGCCUGCCUCUCAGCCGGCACUGGAAUCUCCUUCCGUUGGAUCUUCAAUAACCAAAGUCUGCAGCUCACAGAGAGGAUGACUCUGUCCCCAACAAAGUGCCAACUCAGCAUAGAUUCCAUUAUGAGGGAGGAUGUUGGAGAGUAUAAGUGUCAGGUCUCCAACCCAGUCAGUACGAAGACCAGUCUCCCAGUUAGCGUAGCCGUGAUGAAUAAGUGA